AUGGAGGAGCGAGACCUUGAGCAAGCACAACCCGACCAUGAAAAGGACGCCGCAGAGGCGGCAUCGAAACUUGUCCAAUGGGAAAGCCCUGACGAUCCAGAAAACCCAAAGAACUGGAAGACGAGCAAAAAGUGGAUGGCAGUGGUUACUGUGUCGUGCUUUACAUUCAUAUCGCCAGCCUCAUCCUCCAUGGUAGCACCUGCCCUCAGUACCAUGGCGAAGGAUUUUAACGUAACCAACGAGGUGGAGUCUCAACUUAUGUUAUCAGUCUUCGUCCUUGCAUAUGCUGUUGGGCCACUUUUUCUUGGCCCUCUCUCAGAGAUUUACGGGAGAGUGCCCGUGCUCCAGCUGGCCAACCUGCUAUACCUUGUGUUCAACGUCGUAGGGGGGGUAGCAAAGACCAAAGGCCAGAUGAUUGCAUUCCGGUUUCUUGCAGGACUAGGGGGUAGUGCUCCUCUGUCUAUCGGAGGUGGUGUAUUGAGCGAUCUGUUUACAUCCGAUGAACGUGGAAGAGCCAUGGCUAUCUACAGUCUUGCACCCCUCCUCGGUCCAGCCAUAGGACCCAUAGCAGGUGGCUUCAUAACAGAGAAUACCUCCUGGAGUUGGACUUUCUACGCCACGUCAAUUGCAGACGGCGUGAUUCAGCUUUUCGGCCUCUUCUUCCUUCGCGAGACUUACUCUCCAGUGCUGCUCAAGCGCAAAGCCGAAAAGCUUCGCAAGGAAACCGGAGAUCCCGAAUACCAAACAGAGAGCGAGAUGUCCAACGACCAAACAGUCCUCCAAAUUCUGGGUACUUCUCUUGUCCGCCCCUUCAAACUAUUAACCACGCAACCUAUCGUCCAAUUCAUUGCCGUCUACAUAGCCUUCAUGUACGGCCUCAUGUACCUUGUGAUGUCCACAUUCCCAACUCUCUGGACAGGCCCCUACAACGAGAGCAUCGGAAUCGGAUCCUUAAACUACAUCGCCCUAGGUCUAGGCUACUGGGGUGGCUCCCAGAUCUGCGCCUUGCUAAACGACCGCAUCUACCGCAAACUCAAGAAGCGAACCGGGCAAGGGAAGCCCGAAUUCCGAGUCCCUCUCCUCGUAGUCGCCGUCUUCUUCACGCCAGUCGGACUUUUCAUAUACGGCUGGACGGCCCAGGCACACACGCACUGGAUUGGUCCGGAUAUCGGCGCGUGCCUCUUCUCCAUCGGUAUCAUUACCGCGUAUCAGUGCUUGCAAACCUACAUCGUGGAUGCUUACACGAGGUAUGCGGCUAGUGCGCUGGCUGCGGCGGCUUGUUUGCGUUCGCUGGCGGGCUUCGGGUUUCCGCUUUUUGCGCCGUAUAUGUAUCAAGCACUGGAUUAUGGGUGGGGGAAUAGUCUUUUGGCAUUUUUUUCGAUUGGAAUCGGUGCACCGGCUCCUAUAUUCCUGUGGUUUUAUGGUGAGAAGUUGAGGAAGAUGAGUACGUAUGCUGCUGGCUAA